AUGGUGUUAAGGGUCCAACAAAGGGACAGUGUUAUAGGACUCAGCAGCGAACAUGAUGUUAAAGGACCCAGCCUCAAGGGUGGUGUUAAAAAGCCAAGCAACGAGGGUGGUAUUAAAGGGCCCAACAGUGAGGGUGGUGUUAAACUACUCAGCAGCGAGGGAGGUAUUAAAAGGCCCAGCAGCGAGGUUGUUGCUGAAGAACCCAGCAAUGAGGGUGGUGUUAAAGGGCCCAGCAACGAGGGUGGUAUUAAAGGGCUCAGCAGCGAGGGUGGUGUUAAAGAACCCACCAGCAAGGGUGGUAUUAAAGGGCCCAGCAACGAGGGUGGUGUUAAAGGGUCCAGCAGCAAGGGUGGUAUUAAAGGGUCCAGCAGCGAGGGUGGUGUUAAAAAGCCCAGCAGCGAGGGUGGUGUUAAAGGACCCAGCAACGAGGGUGGUGUUAAAGGGCCCAGCAGUGAGGGUGGUGUUAAAGGGCCCAGCAGCGAGGGUGGUGUUAAAGGACCCAGCAACGAGGGUGGUGUUAAAGGGCCCAGCAAUGAGGGUGGUGUUAAAGGACCCAGCAACGAGGGUGGUGUUAAAUACCCAACUAGUGUUUGGCAGCCCUCGCCCACCCGUUUGUUUACACCGCCCAGCUGA